UCAGUAGUGCGCGACGCGCCAUAUGCGGUGGAGAUUUGUCAAAUUGUUCAUAUAUAUAUAUAUGUGUAUAAGGGCCAAUAAUCUCACGUGACACGUGUGAAUUAUCGAUAAAAAAAAAAAAAACAUGAACCUUGUUCUUUAAAUAAAAAUUCAAAUACAAUAAUUUUUAAUUUAACUUUUUGAACCAUGUGGUUAAUUUUAAAAUUGAAGGAAAAAGCACAAGUGAAAGAUUUAAGAUUAUUAUUUUAGCAGUUUGUUUAUUUGAAAUGUUUCUGUAAAAGUCUAUUCUGAUAAUAGUUAUCAUGGUGCUUAGAAUAAUGAAGAAUUCAACUGUUGAUGGACCAUUUAUCACAAGAUAAAAUCCUGGACUAGUCCAAACCAACUGAAAGGGGUGUUAUCUACCAGGUGAUAAGCACCCUCCUAACUCUCGCGACACGUCGGCACAACCUUCUUGCUUUGCAUCCGCAAUAUAUAUAUAUAGGAAGGGUUGUUUUUUCCCUACAUAUAGAGAGAUGCGAGGGAAGCAAAAAAGAAGGACAAAAAUAUGAAGGGUAACGAGAAGAGAAAAUUGGAGGACAAGUGAGAGAAUCUACAAGGAUAUUUCUAUUCAUGAUUAUUAGGGAAUAACGAAGAUGAAAUGGGACAUUGUUUUAUAUCUUAUCUUCAUCAUUCCUUAUUUUUCCAACGCAUUUCUUGAAUCAAGAGGAGGAUGCAAUCGAACAGUUAGAAAUUCUGUGGGAUUGAUUAGAUGGACCGGACGAAUGGGAAAAUGUAUUGUUCGAAUUAAAGCCCCUUCAAAGGAUCCUCAGAUAAUUGAACUUCGAAUAAGAAGACUGCAAGUGGGUGUUUUAAAAGAUUCCAAAUGCUUAGGAGCAUAUAUACAAUUCUUUGAAGAUUCAUCAUCAGAUGAUUUGGAAGUAGAUUCUGGACGAUAUUGUGGUCACAUUACAAGUAAUACAACUAGAUUAUUUUUAAGAAAAGGCCCAGAUUUGACUCUAGUAAUGAAUUCAGAGACAAAAUUUGCCGCUGAGAAUCCUGUGAUAUUUUCUGCUCAAUAUUCAAUUUUACCAUCACGUUUGGCAAAUGAACGACAUCGAGGGCUCAUUGGACCCUCAAUCAGUGAAUGUCCACUCGAAUGCAAUAAUCGUAAUGAUCGUCGAUAUUGUCGCUUAGUUUCACCCGGAUAUCCUGGUGUUUAUCCAAGAGGCAUCAGAUGCAGAAUUGCCCUUGAAUCAAGUACAGGAAGAUUUAGUAUAGGCAGUUCAGAGGACAUCUACAGUCUUAUGAAUUACACCCAUCAAGAUGGUUGUAUUACAGAAAAUUGUCAAGAUAUUUUUGAACCUGAGAAACCUUUCGAGACAAAAUCAAGUUAUUUUCAAGCAGCCAGAAUACGAACAUUGAGGAAUACAAACGCAAAACGAGAUGAAGAAGACGAGAUCAUAAUCAGUCAGGAUAAUCGUCCACAACAAAAAUAUCGUCAAACAAUAAAACCUCACAGAACAAGGGUAAAUCUAGGUAGAAAAAAUAACGAUAAAUUAAAACAGAAUGUUAUAGCUAAACAUUUAAAGACCCAAACAAUACCAUUUGAAUCUAAUCGAUUUCGACAUGAAGGACAUUUUAAAGAAAAGAUAUUAUCUUUUAACGAGUGGAAUCCAUUAAAUAAUAGUCCAUUAUUACCACCAAAUGAAAUCAAACGUGAUAAACAUAAUCGUUUUAAUAAUGAAUCGAGAAAAUUUCGAAAAAAUACGAAUCCACCAUCAUUUCUAAGACGUUAUCGAAUUGAUGAUAAGUUAGAAAAUACAAAUUGUUUAAGCGAUUAUCUCGCUUUACUAGAGAAUAUAAAUGGUAAAAUUUUUGAAAUCACAAAAUUUUGUGGUGAGGGUCACAUACCACAGAUCUUAUCAAGAGGGAGAAAUAUCAUUAUUGAGUUUUAUUCCAACAAUGAUGGAACCAUUAUGCAUGAUGGAUUUCAUUUGACCCUACAAGAAAUUGAUGUAGGAAUAAAAUCAAAUUUUGAAAAAAAUUGUGAAUUUAUAUUCAAAAGUUCUGAUAAGUCAAGAGAAAUUAUUAAAUCAAUGGAAAAUUGGUAUCCACCAGGUACAAUUUGUAUUUAUAAAUUUCUUGGAAAAAUCACUGAGAAAGUUUCAAUUCAAUUAAAAAUUGUAAGAAAAGAAUUAAUUACAAACGAAUCAAAUGAUUUAGAGAAAAAAAAUAACAGUAAAUCAGUUUAUUGUAAAGGAAAUGAAAUAACAAUUUACAAUGGAAUUUAUGAGAAUAAUAAUCAAAUGCUUUGGUCAUUUUGUGAUACAUCACAUUCUGAUAUUAAUAACAUUCAGGUGCCCAUUAUUUCAAGCGGAAAUUCUCUAAUGAUUCAAUUUUAUAGCGCUAAAGGAUCUUUUGAUGGGCAGGAAUUUACAUAUAGUAUAUCAUAUAAAUUCAUUAAAAAAUCACACAAUGUAACACGUAGACGGCAAAUUAAAAUUGAAGAAACAAAAUUAAUUUCCCUAAGACCAGUUGAUUUUUCAUCAUUAAAUUUAAAUGAAAGUGAAUAUUGUAAUUGCGAUAUUUCAGAUAGAAUUGGAAAUUUUAAAAGUUGGUUCAUGGUUCUUGUUGUUCUAGGGGUCAUUUCAUUUUUAGGUGCAGUAUUAACGAUCGUUGCUGUCCUAACCAAAUGGUUAAAAAUGCGCGCAAUUGAAAAAAGUUUAUUACAAACUCCAAAACGAUGAAUAUAAUUAAAUUUGAAUUUUAAAAAACAAACAUAUCAAAAAAUAAAUCACAACAAAAAAAAAAUCACAGAAACAAUAAACACGAAAAAGGGAAAUUUAUAAAGUAUUUACCUAUGUAUAGUAUUUUAAUUAAAAUUUCAAUAGCUUACAUUAUUUAUUAUAAAAAAAAAUUUAAUUUAUUAAAAUUUUAUAAACUUUUAUAAAGCAUUUUUUUUUUUAAAGGAUGUAUGUAAUUCAAAACUAGAAUUAUGUGUGCUCAAAAAAUGUGCGAUAAAUGUUUAAAUUGUGUAUUAUAAAACUGACGUUUUUUAAAGAAAAAAAAAAAUGUUGCAUAUGUAUAUAGUAAUUGCGAAAAUAAAUAUAAGUA